AAAACUGAUUCUGCCUUGCCCUUAGAGUUUAGUCGGUUAGGUCAAGUAGAAUGCAUGCAAUUCUAGUGGAAUGUUCUUAUAGAAAAUUAAAGUUUGCUGAGUUUGAGAUUGUAUAUGGAAAUAAAUGUCUGUUUUCCCUUUAAAUUGUUAUGAAAUUGCAUUUCUUUUUUAUUUGAGUCAAAUUCUUAUUUUGACUCUUGAAAAUGUUCUUACUUCAUGUUUUUGUAAUGUUGAAUGAGUGAAACAAUGUUAGGGUCUGAAAUCUUGGAGAAACGUUGGGAUGAGGAUUUAGGAAUUAAUUCCUCUUUCUUUGAAGAAUCUGAAUCUAUAUAAAGGUCUUCUUCUCUGUUCCCAAUCAUUUGUGGUAAUCUUAUAGGUUAUUUAAUUUUCGAUGAAAAUUCUAAGAUACUCUGAGGUAAUUUUUGCUUUCUUAAUAGGUUUUUUUGCUUGUUUUCAUGCCAUUGUUGAUUGUUUCUUGGUUGAUUAUCAAUUAUUAUUCCAAUUGGAUCUGAAACCUAAAGUGAAAUCUUUUUGUAUAAUUAAGAGAUUCUUCUACAUUAAUUUUCUAAUUACUACACAGGUGCUCUAUAUUGAAAUGCAAAUGACUAACUUAAGUCACUCUCCACCUUACAGUCAUGCAAAUCUCAGAUCUCUAAAAAGUUUUCCUCUUUUGUUUCAAUUGUACAUAAGAGAAGAAAUAGAAGAUUUCUGAAGGUAGAACAAUCAACAAGUAGAAGAAGAUGAAGAGAAAGAAAUUUAAAGGAUGUGCUUCAACAACGAGCCUAAUGGUCACAUCAGAAAAUAUGUAUUUUGUUUUGAUUUCUUUUUGUCUAACCAACUUGGUUAGCAUGUCGAAGCAUUGCUAGAGAAAUUUAAAGGAUAUGUUUCGACAACAAGCCUGAUGGUUACAUCAGAAAAUAGUUCAAAUUCGAUUACAUCAAGGCAUGAAUUUUGUUUUCUCUAACAACUUGGUUAGCAUGUUGAAGCAUUGCCCGAGGUACAGAAAAGCGUUGUUCGUCGGCUUCACGCCAUCUUUCGAUCUAAGCUAGCAGGUAGUCCAGGAGGGGGUGUGACAACUUGGUAUGAGAGCAGUUUGCUACAUGGGAAUUAAGGUAGAGCGGUUAGCUCUAAGAAGAAAUUGGAAAGUAAAUAAUUGAAAGUCAAGAUAGCUUAAAGGGAACUAGUGGAGUAUGGUUUAGGAGUCAUGCCACCACGUACUGGCAGACGACGCCGGCAGAAUCAGGACGGGAUGCAAGGUUCUACCCAAGGUCCAUCUGUAGGGGAAUCUAGUACCCUAAGAGUUCGAGGUGGGGCAGAAAAUGAGCAGUUUGCGAGAACUUCACAGGAGAUAGGAAGGCCAGAGAGAGUAGACCCUAGUGAUCCAGAAAAGGCAUACGGAAUUGAACAGCUGAAGAAGUUAAGGGCUACAGUGUUUGAGGGUUUCACAUAUCCACCUGAUGCAGAGAACUGGUUGAAUAUGCUUGAUAAGUGUUUUGAUGUGAUGAAUUUUCCUGAGGAACGAAAGGUUAGAUUGGCCACAUUUUUGUUGCAAAAAGAGGCUGAAGGAUGGUGGAAAUCUAUAUUAGCUAGGCGCAGUGAUGCACGUGCUUUAGAUUGGCAGACUUUUAGAGGCAUAUUCGAAGAUAAGUAUUAUCCCAACACAUACUGUGAAGCCAAGAGGGAUGAAUUUCUGGGGCUGAAACAAGGAUCACUUUCAGUGGCUGAGUAUAAGAGGAAGUAUACCAAGCUUUCACGGUAUGCUGACGUUAUUGUGGCUUUUGAGAGUGACAGGUGUCGAAGGUUUGAAAGAGGGUUGCGUUUUAAAAUACGUACCCCAAUUACAACCAUUGCUAAGUGGACAAAUUUUUCUCAGUUAGUGGAGACUACCCUUCGUGUAGAGCAGAGUAUAACAGAAGAGAAAUCAGUAGUGGAGUUUAGUCAUGGGACAUCAACAGCUAGUGGAUUUAGAGGUCGUAAGCAGCGGAGGUUCACGCCUGGGAUAAAUAUUUCAAGCCAUCAAGACUUUAAGAAUCGGUCUAGAGGCCAAGCAUCGAGGAACGUGAGUUAUGGUAGUGUUUUCAGAGAUAGAGCUAGAAAAUACUUAGUCAACCCACUAGAUCAACAGUAAAAUCACAACCAGGUUAGGAGUCCGUUGCUAUUAUAGUCAGCGAACACCAUGCAUGAGUUGUGGCAGGAACCAUCGAGGUCAGUGUUUGGUGGGUGCCAGUGUAUGUUACCAGUGCGGACAGCCAGGACAUUUCAAGAAAGAUUGUCCAUAGUUGAAUAUGACAGUUCAGAGAGAUCAGGGAGUUGGGUCCCAGAUAGUUGAACAAUCGAGAGUUUCAGUGGUUCCAACAGAGGGCACCAGUGGUCCAAGGCAAAAGGGAGUUGUUGGAAGACCUAGGCAACAGGGAAAAGUCUAUGCUAUGACUCAACAAGAAACGAAGGAUGCACCAGACAUUAUUACUGGUAGAAAUCGAGUUCCCGCUGCCUGAUAGACUGCCUUAGUCUGCUGAAGCUCCGUUAUCGAUUCUCGAUGAGAUCUUUUGUACAUCGGGGAAUAGUCUUUACCCAUCGAGUAUCUGAGCCUAAAGUCCAAAGACAAAGGUUGUGGAAUCUAAGUUUGUAUUUGAAGCCAAGUUCAUCCAAGUCAUUGAGUUUCUAGCUUCUUUAAGUUGAUAAAAGAGCAAUUGUACAAAGCCUAAGAAUGUCAUCUGAUCAAGACACAACAAGCUUUAAUUAUUUAGAUUAUUCUAACAAAUUUUGUAACAACGGAUGGUAGGUUGAUCAUUGUGUUGGGUUGAAUGAUAUUAGUGACUAUCUUUUGUGAGAAUACUUAAUCGCAUAAAUAACAUUUUGUAUAGGGCAAUACGAAUCUUUUAUGAAAAUAACAUAAAUAACAUUUUG